CAGUUUUCAGCAGAGCAUCAAGAGAAGAGCAACUAGUUACUGAGGAAGGAGAUAGACAAACUGCUGGAGGAAAAUAAUUCAUCUGACAGCAAAGAUGCAGUGGAGUCUGAUUCUGCUCUUCCUGAUGGCUCAGUGUUGCUUCAUUGACUGUCAGCUCUAUGAGUUUCACUACAUUAAUGAGAAUAAAAACUGGACUGAAGCUCAGCAGUACUGCAGAGAGAAACACACUGACCUGGCCACAGUGACUAACAUGAAGGCCAUGAAGAGACUCAUCAACAUCUCAGCUGGAGAUCAGAGUGAAGCUUGGAUUGGUCUGAUCAGUAAACCAGAAUUUACCAGAACAUGGUUCUGGUCUCUGUCUGGAGUGGAGUUCAAUGAAAGUGAGACAAACUGGAAAGAAGGAGAACCAUCAAAUGGUGAAUCUGAAAACUGUGCAUUUCUGAAUCAUGAUCUCAAAUGGGGAGAUGUUGGUUGCGGGGCCAGAAAGGACUUUAUCUGCUUUAAUCGUGAUGAAAUUAAUUUUAUGUUCAGCUUAAAAAAUAGAACUGUAAAUUUAAAUGUAUCUGUUCACUCCACAGAAACUGAUACAACCAAUAAAUAUCACCUGAUUAAAGACAAGAAGACCUGGCAGGAAGCUCAGAGUUUCUGCAGAGAGAAACACACAGACCUGAUCAGUGGAACGAAGCAACUACAGGAUGGAGAAGUGAAGAAUUUGAUGAAGCCUAAUGAUGAACUACACAUCGGCCUGUUCAGAGACACCUGGAGGUGGUCAGAUGGAAGCAGUUUCUCUUUCAGACACUGGAAUAAUGACUUUAACUAUAAAGAAUCCAACAGUGGUCAAUGUGUCAUGACUGUGUUUAAUGAUGGAGGCAGAUGGAAGAAUAUGAACUGUGAUGAAAGAAAACCCUUCAUCUGUUAUGAUGAUAAAGUGAUCCUGAUCAAAGAAAAUAAAACCUGGAAAGAUGCCUUGACCUACUGCAGAGAUCAUCAUGAUGACCUGGUCACCAUCACCAACAUGGAUGAUCAGAGAUGGAUCCAGGAGAAAGUCAAGGACGCAUCGACUCCUUUUGUCUGGUUGGGUAUGCGCUUCAACUGCUUCAAGAACAUCUGGUUCUGGGUCUGUAAGAAGAUCAGCUAUCAGAACUCGACCUCAGCAGGAUGGAUGAACAACUGUAACACGUCUGGAGCCAUGCAGGCUGGAGGAGAACAUAGAUGGUUCCAAAGAAACGACACAGAGGAACUGAACUUCAUUUGUUCUAAGGUUUAAAGUUCACUCUGAUCUCUGGUGACAUGAGUUUGUUGUUUCCAAAGUGAAUAUUUGGUUGUUUGGCUGUAUAAACUUUUGAAAUGUAAUUUUAAAGUAGAAACUAAUGUUACGGCUCCAGUAGGUCUCUUCCUGCAGGGUUCUGGAGACAGACAGGUGUUGUUGUUUGGCCUGAUUGAAGCUGCCAUGAAGGUCAGGAUGUUUUUUUCCUUCCCUCCUCAGAACCCAUUUGGUUUGGUUUGUGUCCUAUGGUUGGUUUUUUUAGGGUUGUUUUGGCUUUAGCUUAUUUUUGAUUAUUCAUGAGUUUUUGCUUUAAUCUAUUUUGGUUUCUCAUUUCGGGUUUUCCAUUUUCAGCUUUGAUUUCUUUAGUACAAUUUAAUAAAAACAUUUUUCUUAAAGUCAGAAAAUCCUUGUGUGGUCUCCUGUAAUGUUACCCCAACAAACGAACCCGGUGGACAUAACAAUAUAUUUAGACAGGAGGAAGAAAAAUCUUCUUAGCGGAAAACUCUCAGUUAUCCCUCUUAACUUUCAGUUUGUAUUUUGAAACACAAUAAAACAGGUUUAAUAUCUAUGGAGAGAAAACACUCCAUACAACGAUCCACAGUGAUUUGUAAACCCUAAAAUAAUAAAAUAAAAUAAACUGUUUGCAACUCAGAGUACUUGUAAAUAAUUGGUCAAAUGCGCACACAAAUAUUAAGAAAUUACAAAUAUAAAGCAAAAGUACUCACACACAAUUACAAUU